AUGAAUUCCUUAAAACAAACUAUACCUUUAAUAAGUGCAAUACCCAAAAACAAUUUAUUUAAACAUUCUAAAGUUUACUCCAUAUGUACACUACAAAACGCAGCUACAAACUUUUCGUCUCCCCUCAAACAAUUUUUAAACUUGAAAAGUUCAGUUGAAAACCAACAAAUUGGCUCUUGCCGAGUUUACUGUAGUUCCGAUAAUAAAACCUCUAAAUUCAUUAAAAGGAAAGAAGAUAUCAAGGCUUAUUUAGAGCACAAUAAAGAAAAACUCAGGGAUAGAGAGCAAAGACUGAAAGAACGAGGGUAUGUCAUAUUGCAAGAUCUUAAAGAUACCAAAAGUAGAGUGAAAGAAAGAGUUGAGGAAAUAGUGGAGCGAGAAAAUAUUUACACCAUACCAAACUUCCUGUGCGUAGCUAGAAUGGUAGUGUCACCUUAUUUAGGAUACCUUAUUGUCCAAGGCAACUUUGACUUUGCCCUUGGAGUAUUAGGAUUCGCAGCUGUAACAGAUUGGCUAGACGGUUGGAUUGCCAGAACAUGGAAAAGUCAGUCAUCAAAUUUAGGCAGUUUCCUUGACCCUAUGGCUGAUAAAAUUUUAAUAGCAACACUAUUUUUGUCAUUAACCUAUGCCGAGCUCAUUCCAAUUCUUUUAACUGGAUUAAUUAUUGCCAGAGAUCUUGUGUUAGUAAUUGCUGGCUUUGUUAUCAGAUAUAAAUCAUUACCACCUCCAAAAACCUUUGUAAGGUAUUUUGAUGCCACACACGUCACUGCCCAGUUGGCUCCUACAUUUAUAAGCAAAGUUAAUACAGCUGUACAGCUAUUGUUAGUCGGUAGUACUUUGGCUGCACCAGUUUUUGAUUACGUUAACCAUCCAGCUUUACAAGGACUUUGGUACGUCACAGCUGGAACAACUGUAGCAGCAGCCCUCAGUUACAUUUUAUCCAAAAAUACUUAUAAAAUCUUAGCAAAAAAUUCUCAGACCAAAAUUAAAUAG